ACACCACACAGCCUAUUCUCCUCGAAACAAAACCAAUCACCGACUACUUCGCCAACAUCGUUUCCAGCAUUAACCCCCAUGAACGUUCGAUUGCACGACAUAUCAUGCAAAUAGAACGGCCAAGAGCUGAAAUCAUGAGCAGCAAGCGGGUGGAUGAGUCGGAGCUAAGGAAGGUCUUCCAGAUGUUCGACAAGAAUGGUGACGGCCAGGUCACCAAGAAAGAGCUAAGUGAGUUGCUCAAGAACCUAGGGAUCUACAUUGCAGGCGACGAGAUGGACGCGACCAUGGCCAAGAUUGAUACCAAUGGUGAUGGUUGCAUCGACGUCGAGGAGUUCGGCCUACUAUAUCGCUCCAUCCUUGAUGAAGGCGAUGGGCCUAACGGUGGCAACAUGGGCGACGAGGAGGAGGAGAUGAGGGAGGCGUUCAGUGUCUUCGACCAGAACGGUGACGGCUACAUCACCAUUGAAGAGUUGUGGUCCGUGCUGGCAAGCCUCGGCCUCAAGCAGGGUCGCACCGUUGAGGAAUGCCGCCAAAUGAUCAACAAGGUCGAUGUCAAUGGCGACGGCCGCGUCGACUUCAAGGAGUUCAGCCAGAUGAUGCGUGGUGGCGCGGCCGGUCGUGAGGAUUGACUUUAUUGCAUGGGAAUGGUUCAUUGUGGCACUAUUAGUAGUUGUAGAUAAUUAAUUGACUUUAACAUGCCAAUGAUUCAAUGUGGAUUGUAUACAUAAAUACAAAUACAUGACGUAUGAAACGACCAACUCUUCUCUUUUAUAAAGACGGUGAGGCUGCCUUUGUCCA